AUAUAUCCGAUUCAGUCCUUAAAUAGCCAUUUCUUGUCAUAAAAUAAUCAUAAACCACAAUUACAGGGAGAAGACAAACGGAAGGGGCUCUAAUGGAGGGUUCACCAACAGCCAUGGCUCCUUUACUCCUAAGAAAUUUACUUACUUCUCUUUUUUUCUAUGCCGACAAACCCCUGGUUUUCUUAGCAGAAAAAUAUAGACGUCUUGAACUCCUACGUUGUUUUCUUCUCUCGGCUUUUCUCUUCUUCCUUCGUCUUUUGCCUUCUUUGUUUCCCGGUUUGAAUUCUUCUGCAGAAUUCUACAACUAUUCUUUUAAGACUAAAAGGGCUGACAGUUAUGUGUCGACUCUCUCUGGUGGAGGCGGCGGUGCAGCCAGUGGUGGGGGCAUCGGUGACUCGGGUGUUGCGAGGGCGCUUACGCAGUUGUUGUCAAUAGUUAAUGAUAUUCCGGUGAGUUCAAGAAAAUAUGAAUUGGUUAGAUCGUUAGCAGAGAAGGUAAUUGACGAAAAUUUGUUAGAGGGUAAUGAAACCCUAAGGGAAGUCAAUUGCGCCUCGCUCUCAGCUGCCUUUUCGCGUACCUUGAGCCAGCUGGAAGCUGCCGUGUUGGGUCAAGGGCGAAGCCGUGGCGGUGGGACUAGUGGUGAUGUGACAGAUGGGGCGGCUGAGGAAAUUGAUAUUUAUUAUAAAAAUAGGUUUAGCCGUUUUCUUAAGGCUGUUAA